AUUCUUCAACCCAGAACAGUCGCACAGCAAAAACUCUUAGCAGGAAAAGUCUCUGCAUCCUGAACAACCAAAGAGUACCAGGAGCAGGAAAGAUGAAUACCAUUCUAGUCUUUCUACUCAUUGCCCCACUUCCUCUUUCAGCUGGAGCUGAAAAGGAUUCUUCCUCCUUUGAUCCUGCUUUAUCACCCGAGACAAGAUCAAGAUUUGCCAUGUUAGAUGAUGUUCGAAUCUUAGCCAAUGGACUCCUUGAGCUUGGGCAUGGUCUUAAAGACUUUGUCCAUAAGACAAAGGGGCAGAUGAAUGACAUCUUUGAAAAACUUUACAUUUUUGAUAGGUCCUUUUAUGAGCUCUCACUGCAAACGAGUGAAAUCAAAGAAGAAGAAGAACAGCUCAGACAAACUACGGCCAGACUGCAAAUCAACAAUGAAGAGAUAAAGAAUCUCUCCCAGGAGAUGAAUUUGAAGAUUGAAGACCUCAUACAAAACAAAAUCCAGCUGCAAGAGAAAGUAUGGGGACUGGAAGACAAAGUCACUAAACUGGCCAUCACCCAGCCUUCGAUGGAAGAGACAAAGGAAAUUUCUUCACUCAAAGCUUUCGUGGAGCAGCAGGACAAUGACAUAAAGCAGCUUCUCAAAGUUGUAGAGGACCAGCACUUAGAACUCGACAGACAGCACAACCAAAUACUGGAGCUGGAGGACAAGCUAAACCACAUUGAGCUCCAGGAACACGCAGAGAACUCCUUUGUGGAGGAGCUCACAGAACCAGAGGACACCCCCGUCCCUGUGAGCAACGCCACGGCUGUAACAUACAGCUCUGAUGGUACCAUUCCUGACUGCAGUGCACUUUACAAGAGCGGCACGCGGUCCAGUGGUGUCUACAGUAUUAAGCCCAAUGGCUCCGAAGCUUUCGAUGUCUACUGUGAAAUGAAAUUUGGCAGUUCCUGGACUGUAAUCCAGAAGAGAGUGGAUGGAUCACUAGAUUUCAACCAAACCUGGGAUGCCUACACAAACGGCUUUGGUGACCUCAAUGAGGAAUUCUGGCUCGGCCUCAACAAGACCUAUUCCAUUACUAAGCAAGCAGACUACAUCUUACGGAUUGAGCUGCAGGACUGGAAAGAUAAUAAACGUUACAUUGAGUAUGCAUUCAGUUUGGGAGGCCCCGAAACAGACUACACCCUCCAGCUUUCACGGAUGUUUGGGAGCAUCCCCAAUGCCCUGCCGGAGCAGACAGAACUGCGGUUCUCAACUGCAGACCAUGAAGCAAACACCACAAAUGACUUCAACUGCCCAGAAAACUACCUAGGAGGCUGGUGGCACAAUGAAUGUGAGGAAACCAAUCUGAAUGGGAAAUACGUCACACCAAGGUCAAGAGGAAGACUAGACAGAAGGAAAGGCUUAUACUGGAAGCCUAAGAAAGGAAGAUACUACUUGCUAAAGUCAACCAAAAUAAUGAUACACCCAACAGAUCUAAAGAGUUUUGACUUUACUCAACCCAAUGUAAUUUAAUCCAGAACAUACACGCUGAACAUUACUACAAAGGAGUUCAUGUUAUGUUUAAUAACAGAUGUAUGUCUAAAUCCAUACGCUGUAUGGUGUAUUCUCCAAUACAUAAACCUGAGGCAUUUGUGAUGGUCUUACAGUAGGUUUGGUGAGCCCCAGGGUCAAUGUGCUGUAACUUUCAUGGAGCUUUUACCUCCAUUGGAUGAAACUCUUAACACCUGGGAAUCAACCACCUAUUCGUGUAUUAGAUAUUAUUGCUUGGAGGAACGGGUUUUCAGGCUGCUGCAUUUGUUUCUGGGUUGUGCAGAAGGGAACAAAGCAUUUCAGGAAAUGAAGGGCUGGCAAAAUGCUUUGGAAGACGUUUAGAUAUAAAUCGAUAGGGAAGAAAUCUUGUUUCAGAAGGUAUCAAAAUUUGAUGUUUGGUUCAUGUUACUGUGGAAUGUUUCCAUGAGCAAACGAAAGAGGGGCAAUUCCCCAUUUUACUAUUCUGUGUGUUUCCAGACAAGUUUUCAGCAGUGUAACUCAGGCCAAUCUUCAUUGAAGCACUGUAUUGUGCAGCUAUAGAUGUGUACACACACAUAGAGCAAACUUUCAGAUACCACACUGUGAAGAACUACUUAACAGCCAAGCUUCAAAGCCUGCUAAAAUGAGUGAGAGAUCUUUUCUUCUUGUCUGAAACGGAAUCAGAGCCAUCCUUUUCUGAUCUUUUAGCACACCUAACUAAGAAAUAAAACGAAAGACCAAGUGAGCACACAACAAAACACUUUUCAAACAGAGAACAACUGCCCGUGGGGCAACUCCAAUGGAGUCCACACUAUCAACCAACAAACCCUGAAGGCACAACCAAGGUGACAGUGUUGGACUCCUGAUCCUGGAACACAUUCACAUUUGUUUAACUUCAGCUGCAGAAUACUGUAAAGCAGAAGGACUAUUGACAUGCUUGUGGAUGGAUGGCCAUGGAACUGUUGACUGACAAAGACCCCAAUUCUGCAGUUACACUGAGUCAUAUUGACUUGUGUAUCUUACCUAACUUGUAUAUCUUACCUAACCCUUGUACAGUAUGGAUUUUUUUACCUCAGCAUUUGCAACUAUACAGAAAAUGGUUUUAAACUGUAAUUUAAGAGUGAAACAACUGUGUGUAGAACGUGCCAGUUACAGAAAAACUGCAAGACUACUUUUCCUUCUCAUGGAUUUAAUACAAAGAAGAGAUGACAGAGUGCUGCUUAUUUGUACCAGUGUGUUGUAAUGUUUAAGUACCUGUCAAACCUCUAACAAUAAAUAUACAUCAAAGAAAUCAAAGACAAUAAAUAAAGCUUUUAAAAAGACA